ACAUUUAUUAUAGUGAUUUAGUGCAUUUUUUUAAUGUGUGAAAACACUAAAAAAUCUAUUUUUACGAAAUGAAAGGAGUAUUUUUCUUUUGUAAACUCAUGAAAGGAGUAUUUGUUAACUAGAUAAACGUAAUUUUGUUUUAGCUCGUUACCCAGAACCAGAUAUAUAAAUAUAUAUAUAUAUAUAUAUAUAUAUAAACAUUUAUGCUCUGAAACAAUUAAAAUAGAGACAAUGUGUGAAAUAUCUUCAAUUAAGGUCUAAAUUAGCUGAAUGCACAUAAUUAUGGAUAACCCAAAAAGAAGUAAUUUUUUGACACUGUGCAGACGAAAAUGUCCUCAUGCUUUGUCGAAAACAAGUAACUGUAGAUUUAUCAACUAAAUAUUUACAUAGCAGGUAACAAUCUACAUACCAACUAACAUAUCAGCUAAUAAUUUCAGUAUCAUCUAACAAUCUAAAUGUAUCGACUAACAAAUCAUAUAUCAGUUAAUGAAACUAUUAACAAUUAAUUAGUUAUCUAUUAAAUAUCUCCAAAUCUAUUUGUAACAGUUAAAACUCCAUGUAUCGAUUAAGAAUCCAUUAAAAUCUAAAUAAUAGCAGGUAAGUAAUAAAAUACCUAUCAACGUAUAUAUUAUCUAAAAGUUGAUUGUGAUUCGAAAUUGGAAAUAUUGGAAUUGGGGUGAGAUAAUAAGAUUAGCAUUAUGGUUGUCAAAAAAAUCAGAAUAAAAAAAUAAAGAUUUGUGUUGAAUUAGAAGAUGAUUUGAAGAAUUUGUACGAGAGAUAAAAAUAUUAGAACACAUAAAAAGGAUAAGAGGGAAAGAUAGAGAUAAAGGUAUUAUAAUCAUAAAAAUAUUAAAAAAAAAUAAGGAUAUAUGGCAAAUUAUAUGGGCUUCUAGAUAUAUCCACGCCACUUUCUCAAUAAAAUAUGCGACUGGGAUCCGUCGUCUCUUUGCGCACGACCAACAUAAAUCGACAGACCAAUUAAAAUAUAAUUAAAAGAAGGAAAACAAAACCGAAGGGGCUAUUGGACUGUAUACAAAUCUGUUUUUGGAACACACCUCAAUUUCAUUAAAACUCAAAUAUCUAUGUUACAAACAAUAGAGGGAUAUGCAUCAUUUAAACAAGCACAAACUACAAUAGCAGUAGAUAGAACCUUCAAGAAACAGUCAGAUAGCUAAGAAAUAGUCACAACAAAGUGCAGCGUAGAUAACCAGUUCUCACCAGGUCAAGUUUGAACUAAAUUCUUGCUUAAAAAGUUUAUUAAAAGCUUUUUUUAAUUUUUAAAGGUGUUAAGUCUUUUUUUUUGGACAGCAAAGGUGUUAAGUAUAAGUUUAAUUUUUAAAUAGGACUUCUAAAAUUUGGGAACCGGCUCUGGCCCUCACCUACAAGAAACUUUGGAAUACUCUUGAUUGCAUUUUCUGCUCCCGUACAAAUCACUACACAAUAACAAAAAAAAAAACGGUGAACAAACUUAAGUAAAUGCUCGGAAAUUAAUGACGAUAACACAUCUGAUCCCUUCCAUAGAAAGGAUGGUAGUGAAAUACAAUACUACAGAACACGAUCAUUUAAUACUAUUAAAACAAAAGCACAAAGUUGGAUCCAAUUUACUUCUAAAUGAAACGCUUUUUUUAUAAACUAUAUACUAUAAUUAAUACAAUUACAAAACUAUUCUUAAGUCAAGAGAUAAAAAGAAUUUUUUUUUUUGUUUCAAACCGAUGGCAUGAGGCUUCUAUAUCUCUGACAUCGACUUGUUUAAUUCGUUUUGCUUUUCUUUUUUGAAUUGAUUUAUUUCUGAUUAUUUAGUUUGUUGGAUUGCCAACUUAUUUUAAAUCUAACAAAGUUUUUGAUUGUUCUUUUGUAUGCUUCUUCCAAUGGAUUUGGAAAGACAAAAAUUUCGGUUCAGUUAAACAGUUUAGAAAAGGUAAUUGACAGAUCUAUUGCGGAUGGUGGCAAAAGGUCUUACCGGCUUCAUUCGUUGAUUGUUCUUCAUGUGAUGGUGAUGGAGCUGCAAACUAUAGUUACUUCAAAAUGCUGCAUCAAAUUCUAUGGAACGGUAAUAUUUUGAUUCUGUUAUUAUUAUCAAUAGAGAAAUAUAAAGAGUUAUCUUGUCUCGGUGGCUUCUGCUAGAGUAUUAAAAAGAGAGUGACAAUCAUUCUCAAUUCAGUCUGAAGUGUGGUAUUUUUGAAUAUAUAUGAUGAUUAUCUCUUUUGAGCUUCAAUUAUUCCAGAAGCAAAUAUGGAGCUUUGUAUGAAAAAUAUUUAGUCAUCUAUAAGCAAAAUAGUUGUGUGUUAGUUUAUUUUGGACACUAGUGUAUCUUUUUUCUACAGUUGUUUUGCUGGUUCUCAUUAUUUAGAACUUUUUAUCUAGAAGAUUUAAUAAUACAAUCCAUCAUUAAAAAAAAGGAAAAAUUGGUAAAAAAGGACACUCUCAACUCCAAUUUGUCUCAAUAAGAUUUUGUCUAAGAUUUUUGUUGUUUUAAGAUUUUAAUUACUAUUAAUACGAUUAUACCCUUAGAUUAAUCAAUUUCAACUUAAUUAAAAUAUAUAAUGUAAAAUAGAAAAAAAAGAGAACACAGUUAACCUAAAUCUAUUAUUCUCUUCUAGCGUCUUCUCCGCCAAGAGCUUCUUCCUCUCUUCAAUGGCGAUUUGUUCUUCUUCGAACGGUUAAAUCCGUCUGUCUCUCUUCUAUAUUUAUGCUUAGUUGUUCAUAUGCAGUAAACUGUCUAGCAAAUCUGAACAGAAUUUGCCAUGUUUGCAUCCGCUACAAAGUUUCUACAGAAGCUCUAGAGCAAUAUAUUAUGCUCGUGUUUUGGUUCAAGUCUUGGUUAAAACAUUUCGGCGGAAAAUCUCCUCAAGACAGUGCAGGGGAUCUUCUUAGUUGUUCAUAUGCGGUACUUGACAAGACAAACUCUAUUGACGGAACAGUUCGAGAAGAAGUUAUGUUUCAGAGUGAGGUGAAGAAGCUACAACAGGAGCAGUUCAGGCCAGCAGAGCAAGUUUCAAUUUCAUCACAAGAGAUGCUGCAGUACAUCGUCUUGGAGUGAAACAUGAUCGUACAUGAGCGAUCUAUUGUACCAGCAAGACCUCUAAAACAGCUUUGCCUUCCAUUUUUUUCUUCUGGGCACCAACAGCUUUGCCUUCCAAAUGCACGUUUCUUCACUCUUUUUUUUGUCCUGAUCCAUAUUAUCAUCAUUACUUCCCGAACAAACAAAAUGUUACCAAGUAAUCAAUUAGUUGUAUCUUGUAAGCUUUUGUUUCCUUGUUCAUGAUCCAACUUUUGUAACCGUCACAAAAAUGAGCAAGUAAUUCUCAAUGUACAUGAAAUGGUUUUGUUCAACUGAAACUUCAAGUUUUUUCA